AUGGUCUCCUUCUGGCCCUGGAGGGCCAACGACUCCUCCCCUGCCUCUUUUGAGAAGACGCUCUCCGCACUCUCGGCAAAGAUCACCGACACCCAGGCCAGACUCGAUGGCGCGCGAGCCACCUCCCGUCGCAUCAGGGUGCUCUGGUCGCUGUACCUUGCCUUCGCCUAUCUCGUUUACUCCAUUGUCAUUUUCCUCGUCGUCGGCAUGAAUAGCAUGGGCGCCUGGGAAUGGUCCGGUGUCGCUGGGGGUCCGGUUGUUAUCUACCUUACGCGAACCACUGUAACAGCUUUCUUCAACUACCGUAUCGACUCGCUGUCUGCCCGCCUCAAGGAGCAGCAGGCCGAGCGCGCCAAGACGAUUCAGAAGCUCAAGGAGGCAACCCGGUACGAUACCACAUUGGAGCUCCUCGAGAAGUACGGCGGCAACGAAGGCAAGGGCAAGGGCAGAAAGCAAAGCGUCACCGAUGACGAGAAGAGGCAGCAGCAACAUCAGCAGAGGCAACAACAUGGAGGUAGACACAACGAGAGCGCCGCCGGGGGCCGGACGAACAUCCCCCCUCCGGCCACAGCCAACAUCCAGCGACGGGACGGCCCCUUCCCCGGCCCAGCUUCGCCUGCCCCGCCCGGCAUUCAAGCCGGACAGCGCCCGCCGCAGACUCCAAAUGGCCUCGAGCCGACGGAAGAGUUCGCGCCCAACGCAUACGCUCACCCGCCGCCUCCGCCGGCCAAAUCGCAGCACUUUGCGCAGGCCGACGGCACCCCCGGCUCGUCCCACUGGUACGACCGCAUCAUGGACCUCCUUCUCGGCGAGGAUGAGACGGCGUCUAAGAACAGGAUCGCCCUCAUCUGCGCCAACUGCCGGCUCGUUAACGGCCAGGCCCCGCCGGGUACCAAGACGCUGUCUGAGAUCGGCACAUGGAAAUGCAUGGGCUGCGGGGCCGCCAACGGCGAGAUGGACGAAGGCAAGCGCAUUAUGCAGGAGGUCCUGGGGUCGCGAGGCGGCGGCGGCGGCGGUAACGGUGACGGGGUUCCCGCUGGCGAGGAGUUCAAGGAGUCGGAUAGUGACGACUCGGACCCAGCGGUCGGGGUGGAGGACUCGAACGGCGGAGCGAAGGCUACGGGCAGACAAGGUCCGGGUCCUGCGGCGGCGGCGACGAAGAAGCGCAAGGGCAAGGGCGGCAAGUGA